UUUCAUAAUUCAUACUCGGAUUUCUCAAAAGAGGAAACCCUCAGAAAAUAGCAUUGAACUCGCAACCCUAAUCUCAUAUUUCUUAGGAAAACGGAACUCGCCGCUGAUCUCAUGAAAUAACAAUGUCAGAACGGUUCUCACUCGAAAUUCUCUUCACCAUAUUCACUCAUUUACCCGUCAAAUCUCUGAUGCGCUUCAGGUGCGUGUCCAAAUCAUGUUGUUCCUUAAUCGACAGCCCGGAAUUCACCAAUGCCCAUCCUGAUCUCAAUAACAAUCGCAAACUCAUUCUCGGCGAUUGGCACCUCGAGGGUUGGAUCUACCUUAUAGACUUAGAUGCUUCUCCACUUAUCAGUCCAUUGAAUAUCGAACGCCUGCGAAAGCCAUCCGUGGAAACUCCUGACAAUUUCAUUCCUAUAAAUCCUGACGGCGUGUUUGGAUCUUGUAACGGCGUGGUUGCUAUGUAUAACAAACAAGGAAUCUCUCUGUGGAAUCCGUCGACUAACAUGUUUAAAUCUUUUCCCCUCUGGAUCGUUGAUAUCGUGUUUGAUGGAUUCGGGUACGAUUCAGUUUCUGGUGACUAUAAGGUGAUCAUGCUCACUAAAUUAUUUUCUGAAGAUUUCUUAAGAGUUAUGAUAUAUAGUGUAAAAAAUAAUUCAUUAAGAAGGAUUGAUGAUCUUCACAGCCCUGUACCUUACGCCUAUGAUUACGAGAUUUCUGGUGUUCUUGUGGGUUUCGUCUUGCAUUGGGUAGCUCAUCCUCGUGGAGUGGUGUCUGCAUAUCAUAAUUUCAUUCUUGCCUUUGAUCUUAGAGAUGAAACGUUCCAUCAGGUGCCACAGCCGCGGGAUAUGAUAGAUGUAGAAAACAAAGUGUUCGAUGUGGUUUCAGAACUUGGAGGAUGCCUUAGUAUAAGCUAUCGUUAUCAGGGUCGUGUUGAUAUUUGGAUUAUGAAGGAAUACGGGAUCGAGGAUUCUUGGACGAAAUUGGUCUCUCUACAUAGUCGUGAAAAUUUUAGUUUAUUUUAUAGAUUGAAACCUUUAUGCUACUCAAAAGAAGGUGAUAAAGUUUUGCUAGACUAUAAUAAAGGGACAGUGCUCAUUUUAUAUGAUCUAAAGGAUCAAAGUGUAGAUGGACUGCACAUGAGUAAAGCCUCAGAAAGAAAGGAGAAGACUUAUUGUGUGUGUAAGUGUGGAUUUAUAUGCGCAACAACCCCAGCAUUUCCCAUUGUUAAUGGUGGAUCGAGCAAGAAAAUGCCGAGGAAGAAGAACAUCAAAAGUAAUUGCAAGAGAAAGGCAAGGAAGAGGAAGACCAACAUUCGGUGAUCUUCUGAGUCUGAUGCUAUAUAAUCCUCAACAUUGUGUGUGUCAUUUCGUAUUGAUUUUUUUAGCCAUUAAUUAUAUUUAUUCAUUACCUUGUUUUAUCAA